GAAGGUGAAAUGCGGAAGUUUCCACCCAGAACUGUCAGAUGAAACUCUCUCUUUAGCCCUUGGUAUGGUACACAUCAUAAACGCCCUGGGUGGAAAUUACCAGCCUCUCCCCUCCUAGGGAUCUUAAAAUCCGAGGGACGCUGUCAAGCAUGGCCACUUUACCCGCAGCUGACAGAAGGGCAUUUGCCCUGAAAAUCAACAGGCAUUCAUCAGCAGAAAUAAGGAAGCAAUUUACCCUCCAACCGAGUGUUGGACAGUUUUGUCUACGAAGUAUAAGCGCCUCUGGCUCUAUUCAGCUGCCUCCGUUUUAUGACGCAGUGGAACCAGUGGAUUUUGAAGGUUUCCUGAUGACACAGCUGAACAACUUAGACUCAGAAACUGUGCAAGAACUUGGUGACUUUCCUGAAGAUGAUUUGGACAUUGUCUUUACUCCAAAAGAAUGCAGGACUUUGCAGCCUUCCUUGCCUGAAGAAGGUGUUGAAUUGGAUCCACAUGUCAGGGAUUGUGUUCAGACAUAUAUUCGGGAGUGGCUAAUUGUGAAUCGAAAAAACCAAGGAAAUUCAGAAACUUGCACCUUUAAAAAAAAGGGAUCUCGAAAGGAUUUUCAUAAGACCCUUCAAAAACAAACAUUCGAAUCGGAAACAUUGGAUUGCAAUGAUGCCAGCUAUCAGGCAGAUCCCAGGCCCUUAAAUGUACUCUGUGAUGAGACCGGACGAACCACCCUGACAUCGUGUGACUUUAAUCCUCGCACCCUGCAGCCCGAUCCACGGCUGGAAAAUCUGCUGCAGCAUAUUAGUGUGGAGGACUUUGAAAGGCAGAACGAAGAAGCACGGCGAGCCAAUAGGCAUGCCGAGCUCUUUGCCCUCUACCCAGCCACGGACGAGGAGGAUGCAGUGGAGAUACGACCAGUUCCAGACUGCCCAAAGGAACAUCUGGGCAACAGGAUUUUGGUGAAGCUGCAGACACUGAAAUUUGAUAUAGAAAUAGAACCAUUGUUUGCAUGCAUAGCCCUCUAUGAUGUAAAAGAAAGGAAAAAGAUCUCUGAAAAUUUUCAUUGUGACCUGAAUUCAGAACAGUUCAAAGGAUUCUUACGAUCUCACACCCUCUGCAUUGACUCAUCUAGUCAGGCAAGAUCUGCAGUAUUUUCUAUCACUUACCCGUCUUCUGAUAUCUACCUAGUAGUAAAGAUUGAAAAAGUCCUCCAGCAAGGAGAAAUUGGAGACUGUGCCGAACCCUACAUGGUUCUAAAAGAAAGUGAGGGUGGAAAGAGCAAAGAAAAGGUUGAGAAACUGAAAGCCCAAGCUGAGUCCUUCUGUCAGCGUUUGGGGAAAUAUCGGAUGCCUUUCGCCUGGGCUCCCAUAAGCUUAACCAAUUUCUUUAACUUUUCAACGCUUGAAAGAGAAAUGUCUGAAGCAGAAAGUUUAAAUGGGAAAGGAACUACUGGUGACAGAAGAACGAUGAUGCUCCAAGGUAGAAGACUUUCUGAGAGGAGCCUCAAUUCAGAGGACAGUUAUGCUGUGUCAAACUUCAAAGCGACCACUCUGACUGUCAACACCUUUAUAAAACAGGAAGGAGACCGACUUAGUGACGAAGACCUAUUCAAAUUUUUAACAGACUACAAGAGAUCUUCUUCCUUGCAGAGAAGAGUGAAGUCCAUCCCAGGAUUACUUAAAUUGGAGAUCUCCCCAGCUUCAGAAGUCCUCAGUUGCUGUCUCACCCCUGAGUUAUUACAAGUGAAACCAUUUCCUGAAAACCGCAGCCGUCCUCAGAAAGAGAUUUUGGAGUUCCCAGUUCGAGAAGUAUAUGUUCCCCACACUGUUUAUAGAAAUCUCCUUUAUGUUUACCCACAGAGGUUGAAUUUUGCUAAUCGACUGGCCUCUGGAAGGAACAUUACCAUUAAGAUUCAGUUUAUGUGUGGAGAAGAUGCUACCUGUUCAAUGCCGAUCAUUUUUGGAAAAUCUUCAGGUCCAGAAUUUUUGCAAGAGAUGUACACAGCUAUCACAUAUCAUAACAAGUCUCCUGACUUUUAUGAAGAAGUGAAAAUUAAACUGCCAGCUAAACUCACAGAAAAACACCACCUACUGUUCACAUUCUACCAUAUCAGCUGUCAGCCAAAGCAAGGAGCAUGUGUAGAAACCCUCCUGGGAUAUUCAUGGCUGCCAAUUCUAUUAAAUGAUCGUCUCCAGACUGGACAUUAUUGUCUUCCUGUUGCCUUGGAUAAGUUGCCUUUAAACUAUUCAAUGCAUUCUCCAGAGAAAGUUCCAUCACAGUCACCUCCAAUUAAAUGGGUCGAAGGGCACAAGGGGGUGUUUAACGUAGAAGUGCAGGCUGUUUCAUCUAUUCACACUCAGGACAACCACCUGGAGAAAUUCUUCACUCUGUGUCAUUCUCUGGAAAGUCAAGUCACCUUCCCAAUUCGUGUGAUGGAUCAGAAGAUCACAGAGGCUGCCCUGGAACACGAGUUGAAACUCAGCAUUAUUUGCUUGAAUUCCUCCCGCCUUGAGCCCCUGGUCUUAUUUUUACACUUGGUGCUGGAGAAACUUUUCCAGCUGGCUGUGCAGCCCAUGGUUAUAGCUGGUCAGACAGCCAAUUUCUCCCAGUUUGCCUUUGAAUCUGUGGUUGCAAUAGUGAACAGUCUUCACAACAGUAAAGACCUGAGCAAGGACCAGCAUGGGAGGAACUGUCUCUUGGCAUCAUACGUCUACUACGUGUUUCGCCUUCCAGAGCCUCAAAGAGAUAUUGCCAGACUAGGUGCAGCAGGAAGUGCCAGUUUGCCAGAGUCUCGUUAUUACACAUUUGGACGCACCACAGCUGUGUCUGUUGGGUCCAGACUUCUCCAGAGCCGGGUAAUGAGCUGCAGCAAUCCAGAUAUUCCUGGUACACAGACUGCUACUGAUGAGGAAGUCAAAAACAUCAUGUCAUCGAAGGUUGCAGAUCGCACCUCCAGUCGGAUGUCUUUCUAUAUUGAAGCCACCAACGACACAUCAAACGCGUCUGUAAGCCCAAGACCAUCCAAUAAAAAGCAUUUCCAUGAAGAGCUAGCACUGCAGAUGGUGGUCAGCACUGGCAUGGUGAGAGAAACUGUCUUCAAGUAUGCCUGGUUCUUUUUUGAGCUUCUGAUAAAGAGCAUGGCUCAAUAUGUUCACAACAUUGAAAAGCAACAUACUCCACGAAGAAGUCGAUUUUCAGAUCGUUUCAAAGAUGACAUCACCACUAUCGUCAACGUGGUCACCUCGGAGAUUGCAGCACUUUUAGUUAAAACACAGAAGGAAACUGAACACGCAGAAAAGAUCAACAUUAGCUUGGCAUUUUUCCUGUACGAUCUGCUUUCUCUAAUGGACCGUGGAUUUGUGUUUAACCUCAUCAGACAUUACUGUAAUCAGCUGUCAAACAAGCUCAAUACCCUCCCCACCCUAAUUUCUAUGAGGCUGGAGUUCCUAGGGAUUCUCUGCAGCCAUGAACAUUACCUCAAUCUGAAUCUCUUCUUCAUGACUUCAGUGUCUGCACCAGCGUCCCCCUCUCCCUCUCUGUCAUCACAGAAUUCAAGCUCCUGCUCUAGUUUCCAGGAUCAGAAAAUUGCCAGCAUGUUUGACCUUUCGGCAGAUUAUCGUCAGCAGCACUUUCUGGCUGGACUGCUUUUCACUGAACUGGCAGCCGCACUGGACACGGAGGCAGAAGGAAUCAGUAAAGUGCAGAGGAAAGCGAUCAGUGCUGUGCACAGCCUGCUGAGUUCCCAUGACCUCGACCAGCGCUGCUUAAAACCAGAGGUGAAGGUCAAAAUUGCUGCCCUUUACCUCCCUUUGGUUGGGAUCAUUUUGGAUGCACUGCCACAGCUGUAUGACUUUACAGUUUCAGAAGCCCGCAGUGGGAAAAGUCGUACAGGGAGUCCCGAGGAAGAGCAAGAAUCUACAAACCCAAUCAAUCAGUCUGUUGCCUGGGCCAUUGCGGGGAAUCAGUUCAACCUCCUAAGGACUUCAAGUGCACCUCUGUCUUCCCUGCCCUACAAACAGUACAACACAUUAAGUCCUGAUACUACUCGCAACCUUUUGAUCUGUUUCCUCUGGAUCAUGAAAAAUGCUGAACAGAGUCUAAUUCGGAAGUGGAUUGCAGAUCUUCCAUCCAUGCAGCUGAACAGAAUUUUAGAUCUUCUUUUCAUUUGCGUUUCAUGCUUUGAGUACAAGGGUAAACAAAGCUCUGACAAAGUCAGCACCCAAGUGCUUCAGAAAUCAAGAGAUGUAAAAGCCAGGCUAGAAGAGGCUUUACUGAGAGGCGAAGGAGCCAGGGGUGAAAUGAUGAAACGCUGCAGGACACCAGCUGGGAAUGACAGAUUCCCAGGGUUAAAUGAAAACCUGCGUUGGAGAAAAGAGCAGACUCAAUGGCGGCAGGCAAACGAGAGGCUAGAUAAAACAAAAGCUGAGCUAGAUCAAGAAGCUCUGAUCAGUGGAAACCUGGCUACAGAAGCUAAUUUGAUCAUCCUAGAUAUGCAGGAGAAUAUCAUCCAGGCGAGCUCAGCUGUAGACUGCAAAGAUAACCUUUUGGGAGGUGUGCUGAAGGUCCUGGUAAAUUCUCUCAGCUGUGAUCAGAGCACCACAUACCUGACUCAUUGCUUUGCCACACUCAGAGCUCUCAUUGCCAAGUUUGGAGACUUGCUGUUUGAAGAGGAGAUGGAGCAGUGUGCUGACCUAUGUCAAAGAGUUCUCCAUCACUGCAGCAGCAGCAUAGACAUCACACGAAUUCAAGCCUGUGCUACCCUUUACCUCCUCAUGAGACACAGUUUCAGCUCCAUCAGUAAUUUUGCAAGAGUGAAGAUGCAGGUGACAAUGUCCCUGGCCUCUCUGGUUGGUAAAUCAUCUGAUUUCAAUGAGGAGUACCUCAGAAGAUCCUUACGAACGAUCUUGGCGUAUGCAGAAGAAGAUAUGGACAUGCAGCCAACCCUGUUUCCAGGCCAGGUGAAGGAGCUGCUACAUAAUCUGAACAGUAUCUUGUCAGACACAGUGAAAAUGAGGGAGUUUCAGGAAGAUCCAGAGAUGCUCAUGGAUCUCAUGUACAGAAUUGCCAAAGGGUAUCAGACAUCACCUGACUUGAGGCUGACUUGGCUACAGAACAUGGCAGAGAAACACGCCAAGAAGAAGUGCUACACUGAGGCAGCCAUGUGCCUGGUCCAUGCUGCCGCUCUGGUUGCAGAAUACCUGAGCAUGCUAGAGGAUCACAAGUACCUGCCAGUGGGCAGCGUCAGCUUUCAGAAUAUUUCCUCCAAUGUGCUGGAGGAAUCUGCUGUUUCGGAUGAUAUUUUGUCUCCAGAUGAGGAUGGGAUCUGUUCUGGGAGGUAUUUCUCUGAGAGCGGCCUGGUGGGGCUGCUGGAACAAGCUGCAGAGCUCUUCAGCACGGGGGGAUUGUACGAAACUGUGAAUGAGGUCUACAAAAUUGUCAUCCCCAUACUGGAAGCACAUCGAGACUUCAGGAAGCUUACCUCUACGCACAGCAAGCUUCAAAAAGCCUUCGACAGCAUUAUUAACAAGGGUCAAAAGCGAAUGUUUGGAACUUACUUCCGUGUUGGUUUCUAUGGAUCCAAAUUUGGGGACUUAGAUGAACAGGAAUUUGUUUAUAAAGAACCUGCAAUUACUAAACUUCCUGAGAUUUCUCACAGACUUGAGGGGUUUUAUGGUCAGUGCUUUGGGGAGGAUGCUGUGGAGGUUAUUAAAGACUCCACUCCUGUAGACAAAAGCAAGCUGCAUCCCAAUAAGGCCUACAUACAAAUUACAUUUGUGGAGCCCUAUUUCGAUGAGUAUGAGAUGAAAGACAGGGUGACCUACUUUGAGAAGAACUUCAGCCUCCGGCGUUUCAUGUACACCACCCCUUUCACCAUGGAUGGACGCCCCAGGGGGGAUCUGAGUGAACAGUACAAGAGGAAUACUAUCCUGACCACAAUGCAUGCCUUCCCCUAUGUCAAAACCAGAAUCAACGUCAUUCAAAAGGAAGAGUUCAUUUUAACCCCAAUUGAAGUUGCUAUUGAAGACAUGCAGAAGAAGACACUAGAACUGGCUGUUGCAACGAACCAGGAGCCACCAGAUGCCAAAAUGCUCCAGAUGGUGCUGCAGGGUUCUGUUGGAGCCACUGUAAAUCAGGGACCACUAGAGGUAGCCCAAGUGUUCCUGGCGGAAAUUCCAGCAGACCCAAAACUUUACCGACAUCACAACAAGCUGAGGUUAUGCUUCAAAGAAUUUAUAAUGAGGUGUGGUGAAGCAGUGGAGAAAAACAAGCGCCUUAUUACUGCAGAUCAGCGGGAGUAUCAGCUGGAACUCAGAAAGAACUAUAGCAAGCUGAAAGAGAACCUUAGGCCGAUGAUUGAGCGGAAAAUCCCAGAGCUGUAUAAACCUAUAGUGAAAGUCCACAGUACAACAAGGGAUUCUUUUCGUAACUCUAGUUUUAAGAAAUACGAAGCCAAUUCUUCACAGAACAUCUAAGGACUGUCUGCUUCAGAAAAGAAAGAUCCAUUUGCUGUGGAUCAGCUAUGAGAGGAUACUCCAAUGCUAUGCAACCUGGGAAACUCUUCUCACAAUGUAACGUGUACACGUUCUCAGCCGUUCGCACUGAGUGUUCAACGAAAUGUACAGGAACAAAGAAAAAUGGGGAUUGGGCGGGAAAGAGGGUGAAAAGGGGGUUGACUUAGGCUGCUUUUGUAUUUAUUGUUCAGAGAAUUAUGAGGGAUAGAUAAUUGAAUAAUUGACUUUACUGUGCAGGGGCCAAUCACUGUUUACAAAGAGACAGAACUUCCUGGGGUUUGACUGAAGUGUCAAGAGAAUCAGUCCAGUAUGCCUAAUGGGCACUGGAGAAUGUUGCCCAUAUAGGUUCCUGUUCUGGACAGCACUUAAGCAUGACCCACAAGACUGCCACACAGUCUGAAUGUUGAAUGCAUACUUAAAUGCUGUCCUAAACAGGGAAGAAUUUAAAUGUGUGUAAGUGCUUUACUGAAUUGAAGCCCUAGUAAAGAUGUAUAAUGUUUACAGUAAACUUUGCUCACUUAUUGUACUCCGUGUAUCACAGCAAUCUAUGUACAUUUUUUAAAAUAGAAAGCACUUUUUCUUACAAGUCUUCUCACAGUGAAGCUUGAAAGGCAAGAAACAGCAAGCAGUAAUUUCUGCAUAACUUGCCUAUCCUCAAAGAUGGAUCUUUUUAGGAUUGUUUUUGUUAAAUAUGUGAGCUACUUCUCGGUGAGACUAGGAUUUUUUUUAAGCAGUGUCAUGUUCAGUAAAAUUGACAUUAACAGUAUAGAGCUAAACUAUAAGUGAUGCAACUCUUAAGUACACAGUGGUCUUUUAGAGAGCUCUCUGAAAAGAGAUGAACUACAGGAGUGCACUGUGAAGAUUGCCCACAAUGCAUUUCAUCUUUGUGAGGUUUUAAGACAUAAUCCUAAUUAGCACUUAAAUAUUUAUAAUAAAUAAACAGUGCUUUGCACAUUCAGAGCCCCGUACAAACAUUAACUAGUUGAUCUUCACCACACCUCUAUGAAAUAAGCAAAUAUUAUUAUUCCCAUUUUACAGAUGGGAAACAGAGAGAGAGCAAUAUGCAGUGACUUGUCCAAUGCACCUAGUGAGACAGUGUCAAAACCAAGAUUUGAAGGCAGGAACUUCUGUCUCCCAAAGCCACACACUCAGUCCUGCUGACCACGUGGACUCCCUUAAUUCUUAUUCUUUUAAAUUAAGUUCUAUGGAACCAGUAGUGCUGCUUUUUAAAGCAUCAGGAUUUAAUGGUAUCAUUCAGUUUUACAUCAUCUUGGUAAUUUUUUAGUAAAAGAUUCACAUGGUUGUGUGAAAUAGAAAAAAUACUUUGAAUAAAAGGCUGUCUGCUCGGUGAAUUAAAUACGAGUUUUUAAAAAAAAUAAACCAAGGUUUCUCCCUCAUACUUUGUUUUCAGAGUCAUAGCCGGUCAAAGCAUUUCAGAAGGGACAGUGGAAUUUCUUUAAAACUUAUGGAGCAUGAUUCUCAUUUACACAAGGACCCUGCACACUGCUUUGCAGUGUAAGCAUAAAUUAUAGUUCGGCUGCUGGUUCCUUUGUUUUUAAUGUCAUAGAAGAACUGAAAGCAUUGGGACCCUUCAUGGGCAUCUCCAAUCCUGCCAUUCUGAAAAUGUGUACGUUCCCCCAGCACUUACAUCAACAGCAGAGCACAGAUAUGUGGAAAAGUUCAAAGGAGUGUUUCUGAAGUUAUUUGUGGCAAAUCCUGAGAUUCACACCAGGAUAGGAAGAGGAAAGCGUUAAAUAAACACUGGCAUUUGUACUGAUGUAUAAAAACAAACUAUUGUGCUGUAAGACUAUUUCGCCUCCCCCCCCUCACGCCCAGCAAAAUUCAAUAUUUCCAGAGUAGGUGCGCUGUGCAUCUUGAAGCCAAAGCAUCUGAAGUACAUAAGUAAACAGUCUAUUAAAUUAAAAGCCAACAGAUGCCUCCUGAGAGUGGCUUUCCUUUAAUUAAAUUGCUUUGAAACAUUUACAAACUAAACAGAAGGUUAAUUUCCCACAGCCUGCUAACUAUGGAUUCUCUGCAUGCCACAACAUUGUGCUUUUAUUAUUGUUUUUAACACCCUUUUCGGAAAGAUGAUCAAAGUAUCUUCAAGAUCACAAUCCACUGACUCCACGCCCCUUCCUCCCCCUCAUCCAGCUUCACUGAUCUCAAGAUGUUUAUUAUUUACAGCUAGCUAACGAAAACCUCAGGUAAUCAAAAAUGGGAAACCUACAAAUAUGCUGCAUACUGAUUGAGUUGUGUGCACUGUGUUUUGAGUGUCUAAGUGUUUCAUAUUGUGUGGUCCUGUACAAUGGGUCUAUUAGUCGAAGAAAUACUUUGGAAAAAUCUACAAUAGUUAAUCAGGGCUAGAUUUUGAACCCCUUCCUCACAUUGGUGAGCUGUUAAUUCCACGCAUAAUCUCAUUGCUCACCAGUGUCAGUAAGGGUUUCCAAUCUGCAUGUCAUCCCUUGCAAAAAUGAAACACGGUGUGCAUAUUUAAGAGCUGAACUGUGUAAAUUGUAAAAGUACUGAGUUCUGAUAUUCCAUUUUGCAAUAAAGUGUAAGUUUCAGUAAAAACGGA